AUGCUUGUGAUUCCCGAGGAAUCGAUUGAUGUGAACACGCCGAUCACGUCGCACAAAGUGGCGGCAAUUCAAAAUUAUCGAACUAAACCAAAUAUUACUUAUCAAACCGUGUGCGGUGUGAACGGUCCGCUAGUGAUUUUGAGCGAUGUCAAAUUUCCGAUGUACUACGAGAUCGUGCGAAUCCGAUUGCCGGACGGAACGAAACGCGUCGGGCAGGUGCUCGAGAUUCGCAAAAACAAAUCGGUCGUGCAAGUGUUCGAAGGCACGUCGGGAAUCGACGCCAAGUACACGACGGUGGAAUUCACCGGCGACAUUCUGAGAACGCCUGUCAGCACCGAUAUGCUCGGCCGAAUUUUUAAUGGCUCGGGAAGGCCGAUCGAUAAAGGUCCGCCGGUGAUUGCUGAGGAUAAUCUCGACAUCAACGGUCAGGCGAUUAAUCCAUGGAAUCGCAUUUAUCCGGAAGAGAUGAUCCAGACGGGAAUCUCGGCGAUUGACGUGAUGAACUCGAUAGCUCGCGGGCAGAAGAUUCCGAUUUUCUCGGCGGCCGGCCUGCCGCACAACGACAUUGCCGCUCAGAUUGUCCGACAAGGCGGUCUCGUCCAGUUGCCGGGAAAGCAGACGGAGCACUCGAGUUUCGCGAUUGUGUUCGCCGCGAUGGGCGUCAACAUGGAAACGGCGCGAUUCUUCAAGCAGGACUUUGAGGAGCACGGCUCGAUGGAGAACGUGUGUCUCUUUCUGAAUCUCGCCAAUGAUCCGACAAUCGAGCGGAUCAUCACGCCAAAGAUUGCGCUCACCGCCGCCGAAUUUUUCGCCUACCAUUGCAACAAACACGUGCUUGUCGUUCUCACCGACAUGUCCUCAUACGCGGAAGCGCUGAGAGAGAUAUCGGCGGCUCGCGAGGAGGUGCCGGGACGUCGCGGAUUUCCGGGCUACAUGUACACGGAUCUGGCGACGAUUUACGAGCGCGCCGGACGCGUGAAAGGCCGCGAGGGGAGUAUUACGCAAAUUCCGAUACUGACAAUGCCCAAUGAUGAUAUUACGCAUCCGAUUCCAGAUCUUACUGGUUAUAUUACAGAAGGCCAAAUAUAUGUCGAUCGCCAACUCCACAAUCGUCUCAUUUAUCCGCCAAUCAACGUUCUUCCAUCAUUGUCGCGUCUCAUGAAAUCGGCGAUCGGCGACGGAAUGACGCGCGAUGAUCAUUCGGAUGUCUCGAAUCAGCUUUACGCGUGCUACGCGGUCGGCAAAGAAGUGCAGGCGAUGAAGGCGGUCGUCGGCGAGGAGGCGCUGUCGGCCGAUGAUCAUCUCUAUUUGGAGUUUCUUCACAAAUUUGAGAAGCAAUUUAUAAAUCAAGGACACUAUGAGAAUCGCACGAUUGUGGAUUCGUUGAACAUUGGAUGGGAAUUGCUGCGAAUUUUCCCGCGCGAGAUGCUCAAACGAAUUCCGCAGGCGAUUUACGACAAGUAUUAUAUUCGCAAGAAGACCUGA